AUUCUAUUUUAGCAGGCGCUGCCUGCCCUAAAUCGCCCUUCUCAUCGGCUGCUCUGAUCUUUCUAUCUGUCGUCGGCGGUGCGAGAGAGAAGCAGAUUGAGGGAGAGGGAAUCGUAAUUCCAGGCAAAGAUCGACGAUGCCGCGGUUCAAGACGCCCUUUAGCGGCUACUCCGUCCGAUUCAGCCCCUUCCACGAGGGCCGCCUUCUCGUCGCCACCUCCCAAAACUUCGGCAUCCUCGGCAACGGCCGCCUCCACGUCCUCGACCUCCUCCCUUCCGCCCCCGCACCUGGCGCCCCCUCCAUCGCGGAGCUCGCCGCCUUCGACACCGCCGACGGCGUCUACGACUGCUGCUGGUCCGAGUCCCACGACUCCCUCGCCGUCGCCGCAGUCGCCGACGGUUCCCUUAAGCUCUGGGACGUCUCCUUGCCUCCCUCUGCGAAUCCCGUGCGCUCCUUCCGAGAGCACUCUCGCGAGGCCCAUGCCGUGGACUGGAAUCCAGUCCGCCGCGAUUCCUUCCUCUCGGCCUCCUGGGACGAUUCGCUCAAGCUUUGGACCCUCGACCGACCCGCCAGCCUCCGCACCUUCCGCGAGCACUCCUACUGCGUCUACGCCGUCUCCUGGAGCCCCCGCCACGGAGACGUCUUUGCCUCCGCCUCCGGCGACCGAACUGCCCGCGUCUGGGACGUCCGCGAUCCAACCUCCACGCUUGUCCUCCCUGCCCACGAACAUGAGAUCCUCUCCUGUGACUGGAAUAAGUACAACGAGUGCUGCCUCGCCACUGCCUCCGUAGACAAAUUCAUCCGCGUCUGGGACAUCCGAGCACCUGCAAAGCCCCUGGCUAACCUUGCUGGCCACGGCUAUGCAGUCCGCCGCGUCCGCUUCUCCCCUCACAGAGAAAGCAUCCUGCUUUCCUGCUCCUAUGAUAUGACCGUGUGCAUGUGGGAUUACAGAGUGGAGGAUGCCCUCAUUGCAAGGUACGACCACCACACUGAAUUUGCCGUCGGGGUAGAUAUGAGUGUACUUGUAGAGGGCCUGGUCGCAAGCACUGGGUGGGACGAACUCGUCUAUGUCUGGCAGCAUGGGACUGACCCCAGAGCUAUGCCUUGAAGGUCUUGUCAAUUUUUGGUCCCUUGUUAGGGAUUAUGCCGAAGAUCAUCAUAUAAUUUUACGAAGCUUCACCUGAAAUGAUGAAGGGAUGAAGAAGAGCUCAUUACCAACCAAAAUCAGAUCUUCUUGGGUAUGUUAAUCUUAAGUUAUAAUAAUGUCGAAGGAUAAUUAAAUUCUAGAUAGCAUAGUCUGAAUUCAAACGAAAAUUUGGUUUUUUAAUUGUGAUGGGAUAGAUACGCAUGCACUGUUUCACAUUCAGAUCACUCAAUUGAAUCCCAGCCUUUUUUCCCU